AGUUAAGUAAAUUUCUUUAUUCCACACUCUGAAGCCAUAAAAUACUAAUAACUAAUUAAUCACUAAUUUAUUUAAUCACCAAUUAAUAUUGAAAUCGGUUGUUAUUAAGGAAGAAAACCGUAAUAUUAGGAAUAGCACGACUGCUGCCCGUGUGCUCAGGUAAAACCUAGAAGGGUCUGCCACCCAUCCAUUAACAGCGGUUAUAGGAAGCAACAGAGUGGGGGCAGGGCCCAGCCGGCACACGCUUCAGUUUAUAUUUCUUGUCAGUUAAUUUCCAAAAACGUUUUUCUAAAAAGGAGAUAUAAUACUGUUUUAGUUUAAGGAGCAAAUCUCAAAUGUGCUUUGAAACGACUACGCUUUUCCCUCAGUCUGGAAUGUGAUUUUAAAUCUAGCUUAACUAUACUAUAAUAAAAGGCCACAUGAAAAUACUUUGUCAGAACGAAAAACACGCCGCCUUAAAUCCGCUUUCGGUUGGCGGUUUCCCGCCAGUGGAACGGAAGCAAAACCGCCUUUGACGUCAAGGGAGGAGUCCCCUCCCGGUUACUACGGUGAAGUCUAUGCGGCCAUCUUUACUGUGGUCAUUUCGUACCAGGCGUGUCGUAGUGGGGCUGUUAGAGCCCCACAGAAAGUCAGCGGAACGUAAAAUGGGAAAGGAAUCAUGCGACUCUGUAAUAAGAAGCUGACAGAACCACGAAGGAUCAGGGACUGAAAGCAUUAGAUAAGUUGUUAGUGGGAUGCAGGUUCCACAGGCAAGCGGAACGAUUCAAGCGAAUUAGUAAAGUUUCUGCCCGGAUCUUGAAAGCCGCUUCCGUUGCUCAGCGGAAGUGUCGGUCGCAAGAGGACAGACGCCUCGAAGAAUCCGCUAUCGGCUGUCUGCACAACCGGAAUCAUGUCGAGUUUGGCGGUGAGAGACCCGGCAAUGGAUCGAUCACUGCGUUCCGUGUUCGUGGGGAACAUUCCGUAUGAGGCAACUGAGGAGCAGUUAAAGGACAUUUUCUCGGAGGUUGGUUCUGUUGUCAGUUUCCGGCUGGUAUACGAUAGAGAGACGGGAAAACCCAAGGGCUAUGGCUUCUGCGAAUACCAAGACCAGGAGACCGCGCUUAGUGCCAUGCGGAACCUCAAUGGGCGGGAGUUCAGUGGGAGAGCGCUUCGGGUGGACAAUGCUGCCAGUGAAAAGAAUAAGGAGGAGUUAAAGAGCCUCGGGCCUGCAGCGCCCAUUAUUGACUCACCCUAUGGGGAUCCCAUCGAUCCAGAAGAUGCCCCUGAAUCGAUUACCAGAGCAGUAGCCAGUCUCCCCCCGGAGCAGAUGUUUGAGCUGAUGAAGCAGAUGAAGCUCUGUGUCCAAAACAGCCACCAGGAAGCUCGAAACAUGUUACUUCAAAAUCCGCAACUGGCUUAUGCGCUGUUGCAGGCACAAGUAGUGAUGAGAAUCAUGGAUCCAGAGAUUGCUCUGAAAAUUCUGCAUCGGAAGAUACAUGUCACACCACUGAUCCCAGGCAAAUCUCAGUCUGUGUCUGUCUCUGGCCCUGGCCCUGGCCCUGGCCCUGGUCCUGGCCCUGGCCCUGGGCUCUGCCCAGGACCUAAUGUUCUGCUGAACCAGCAGAAUCCUCCAGCUCCUCAGCCUCAGCAUUUGGCUAGAAGACCUGUGAAGGACAUUCCUCCUCUGAUGCAGACUCCUAUCCAGGGUGGAAUUCCAGCUCCAGGGCCAAUACCAGCUGCAGUUCCCGGAGCUGGUCCUGGUUCCUUAACUCCUGGAGGAGCAAUGCAGCCCCAACUUGGAAUGCCAGGGGUUGGCCCAGUGCCUUUAGAGCGGGGACAAGUGCAGAUGUCAGAUCCUAGAGCUCCUAUACCUCGUGGACCCAUGACUCCUGGUGGUCUGCCUCCUCGAGGACUGUUAGGAGAUGCUCCAAAUGACCCACGUGGAGGGACUUUGCUUUCAGUCACUGGAGAAGUGGAGCCCAGAGGUUAUCUGGGUCCACCCCAUCAGGGUCCCCCCAUGCAUCAUGCCUCUGGUCAUGACACUCGUGGCCCUUCCUCACAUGAGAUGAGGGGAGGGCCAUUAGGAGAUCCCAGACUGCUAAUUGGAGAGCCCAGAGGCCCCAUGAUAGAUCAAAGGGGUCUACCUAUAGAUGGUAGAGGUAGUAGAGAUUCUCGAGCGAUGGAGACUCGCGCCAUGGAAACUGAGGUCUUAGAGACACGUGUAAUGGAGAGGAGAGGAAUGGAGACCUGUGCGAUGGAAACCAGAGGGAUGGAAGCAAGAGGCAUGGAUGCAAGAGGAUUGGAGAUGAGGGGCCCUGUCCCCAGUUCAAGAGGCCCUAUGACUGGUGGAAUUCAGGGUCCUGGUCCCAUUAAUAUAGGGGCAGGUGGCCCUCCUCAGGGACCCAGACAGGUCCCAGGCAUUUCAGGGGUGGGGAAUCCUGGAGCUGGUAUGCAGGGUACAGGCAUACAAGGAGCAGGCAUGCAGGGAGCAGGUAUACAAGGAGGAGGGAUGCAGGGGGCAGGCAUACAAGGAGUCAGUAUACAAGGAGGAGGUAUACAGGGGGCAAGCAAGCAAGGUGGAAGCCAGCCUAGCAGUUUUAGUCCUGGGCAGAGCCAGGUCACUCCACAGGAUCAGGAAAAGGCAGCUUUGAUCAUGCAGGUUCUUCAACUGACUGCAGAUCAGAUUGCCAUGCUGCCCCCUGAGCAAAGGCAGAGUAUCCUGAUUUUAAAGGAACAAAUCCAGAAAUCCACUGGAGCUUCUUGAAAGGUUUUAGAAAAUAUUUGGCUGUAGUCUCAAAGUUUAUUCUGUAGCAUGGAGAAUGGGUGCAAAAAGCUGACUUCUGCAUCCCCACACUUGGAUUAGGGUUUCCCUCCUCCUAGAACCUAAUCUUAUUUUUUGUUCUUUUUCUUUCUUUCUGUUUUCCUUUUUUUUAAUUGAGGGUGGGGGGAGGAGGGAGUGCGUCUGUUCACUUUAAGUUACUUUAAAAUAACUCUGAACAUGAUUAUAUUAUGCCAAAUAAGAUUACAAAGAAUAAGCAGCAAUAUUGAAAUGUCUACAGUAUGUUAACUACAUUUUUUAAAUGUCGAGUAAAACUUUGCGAAAACUGCUCAUAAAGACUAAAAGUUGACCUGUUAAAACGUUAAUGUACUAAGAUAGUUUUAAGAUUUUUGGUUGUAUAACAAAAUAAAAGUUUACCCAAAAGUAUAAGAUACAUUUUUUGGUAAACCACUUAAAAUACAAAAUCCUAUUUUGGAGGCAAUAGGAUAAGCAUUGUCUUAGUAUUUUAGAAUUAUUUUUGAAACAGAGUUAACAGGAUAAGGUUACACUUGUGUUAGAAUUGUUUUUUUCUAAAGUUAUGUUACCUGAAAAAUAAUCAAGGAGUGCACCUGAUUUACUGUUGCUUCAUUUAUCCCAUCCUUCAGAGACCAGCAAGGUUCUGCCAGGCCCCAAGCAUCUGAGCAUGAUGAUUUUGCUGUGACAAUUCUAAGAUCAACCAGGUUACUUAAGUCUGCUCUGAUGAAACCCAAUCUCUCAAUACCUUCCUAUUUCUCAAUAGUCUUUAAGCCCUAAAUCUGAGUCAGUAAUUCUCUAAAAAUCCUUCCCAAAAAUCAGUGUCUAGGGACCAGUUGAUCUAGAGUUAUAAAUGGUAUUUGACUUUUCAUAAGUAGUGGAAGGUUUCACUAAGUAAAGAUCUCAGUUUCUUAGUAUCUGACGUUUGUAUAUAGAUGGUGUCCAUUUGCUCAACCAGACAGGAGUUAACUUGUAUUAGAAUUGUUUUUUCUAAAGUUAUGUUACCUGAGAAAUUAAGGACUGCACCUGGUUUAAUGUUGCUUCACUUAUCCCACCCUACAGAGACCAGCAAGGUUCUGCCAGGCCUCGAGCAUCCAAGCAUGAUUUUGCUGUGACAAAUCUAAAAUCAACCAGGCUACUUAAGUCUGCUCUGAUGAAACCCAAUAAUCUCUCAAUACCUUCCUAUUUCUCAAUAGUCUUUAAACCCUAAAUGUGAGUCAGUAAUUCUCUUACAUCCUUCCCAAAAAUCAGUGUCUAGGGAUCAGUUGAUCUGGAUGAGUUAUACAUGAUAUUUGACUUUUCAUAAGUAGUGGAAGGUUUCACUAAGUAAAACUCUCAGUUUCUUGGUAUCUGGCUUUCUUAUACAGAUGGUGUCCAUUUGCUCCACCAGACAGGAGUUAAAAACCUUUAGACUAAAGAGCAUUUAACAUGCCUUUUAGUUUUCUUAUUUCAUAAUCUACUUUUCUAUCAUUAGUCAUCUUACCAGGAAUAAUCAAGGCCCAGGUAGGUAGAAGUUUUUAUAUAGCCUGAAUACUCACUUGACUUACUGCUCAUUUUACUUUUUGCAUGGAAUACAGCCAUUUAGUCCUAAUAUACAUACCAAUGAGACAAUUAAAAAUUCGUUGGAAGAUGGAGCUUAUCACAUUGUGCUACUACGACUUUAUUUUUUCUUGAAAAUAAAGCCUUGAGGAUGUGAACAUAAAUGUUGGUAUCAUAAAACAAGUAGUAAUAAAAGCAUAAAUUAUCAAAUAUCAGGUGAUCUUACUAUGGAGAAGAAAAACCAAUAUCUAGUUACAGAUGAAAAAAUGUUUAAUACAAAGAGCUGAAAAUGUAGAAAUUGAGUUAUCUUCCCUUUGCAAAAUUUUUACACUUUAAAUUAGUAAUUCUUUGUUUGCAAGGUUUUCAUCCCUAUGCUGUUGUUUUCUACUACCUCUUUUACUCUUGUUCAUACUGCUACUUUCCCAUGUUUCCUAUAUGCUUCCCCUAUAUUGGAGAGGAUAACUCGCCUUUACAUAUGCGAUAGUUAUGCUUAAUACUAAUUCACAGAGUUGGCUCAAUCACUUUUGAGAUUCUAGUUGCUUUAUCUCAAAGCUUUCACUGAAGGGCUGUAACUGAAAAUUAUUAAAUGUUAGUCUUUAGUCAAAUCUCUGCAUUGUUUAAUGCAGAAAAUAAAGAUACAAUUAAGGCUGA